ACUUUGAUGCGCCGCACAGCAGACAGACCUCACUAGAAAGAAAACCAGGCAGCCUGGUUUCUCGUCUCUCCUCCCCACCCUCUCGGUGAGGUAGUCAUUCAGUUUCACCACCGUGCAAAACCCAGAGCAGUGUUGUUUUUGUUACCCGGUAGCACAAAAGGAUACAGGGUCGUUUCUUUCUGUCCGAGUUUUACUCCGAAGCAGCAGCGCUAAGGCUUCGCGUUGUGGAGUUUGGGUCGGUGUGAAAGGAAGUAGUCAGCUGAAAUUCCAGUCUCCUCUGUCGGCUUUUUUUUUUUUUUUUGCCAACUGCAUACACUUUCCCACGGAGUUUGUCACUUAAAAAAUAAAUAAACUAUGAACGGCGUGUCAAGGAAUUCGUGCGCCAGGACCAUAACCGAACUCAAGACGGAGAGCGAGAAACCGGACGGAGUCCAGAGGCUGAGGCUGACCCUGCAGAAUCAGAACGAGGCAGAAAGGAGCGGAGAGCAGGCCAAGACCAAGCCAAUCAGGAGAGCCUUUGCCGUGGUGCCCUCCAAACCGACCAAUGGGAUUUCUCCCUCUCAACCCACAGAGGAGGGGGUAGAGAUCAUCAAGGUGUACCUGGAGGCUCGCAGGCAGGAUCAGGAGGCGCACGAGAACAACAUGAGAAUGCUGUCCGACGAGGUCACGCAGAUCCAGGAGGUGAGGUACUGUUUGAAGAAUCUCCGGCAGAAAAUGGCUGCAAGAACAAGCAGGAGGGAAGACGAGCUCAAGACCCUGACGGACGCGAACGAGCUGAGACCCCCCCCUGCGCAGAGCCAUGCGGUCGCCCACGGUAACCAGGGAGCCCCGCCCACUCUGGACCACUCUAACGGGCAGGCCCGGGGGAGCUCGGAGGCCGAGACGGAGAGGAUGAGAGAGCUGACGAGGAAACUCUACAGCCAGUUUCAGAGCAAGCUGCAGGAGGCGGAGAGGAGGCAUAGCGAGGACAGGAGGCAGCUAGAGAGCAGGAGCAGCGCGUUCCAGAGGGAGCUGUCCCUGCAAGGCGAGAUGCUGCGCAGGGCGGAGGAGGGGCUGGGGGAGCGGGACGGCCGAAUCGAGGCUCUCCAGAGGCUGCUGUCCGGGAUGGAGCGGGAGCACAGCGAGCUGCGGGAGAGGAUGAGCAAGAACCAGGAGCAGCUGAAGGACAUCAGCCUCCUGAAAGAGAGAGGAGAGGAGCACCAGAGCAGGUCUGUCCAGCUGGAGAAGGAAGUGUCCACUCUGAAGGAGAAGAUCCAUCACCUGGACGACAUGCUGACGAGCCAGCAGAGAAAAGUCCGGCACAUGAUUGAGCAGCUCCAGAACUCCAAGACUCUGAUCCGCGACAAAGACGCCCUCAUCCACAAACUGCAGGAGAAAGUCUCCUUCCUGGAGGCAGAGAACCGAGAGAUGCAGCAGCGGCUGGAUUCCUUCGCUGGGGCCCAGGGCUCCUCGCCCUGCAGCACAGAGACCCAGAACAGCAAAAGACUCCCUUUAACCGUUCCCAACAAGUCAGUCAUCAAAGUCCUCGAAAUGACAGCCUGAAUUUCUCCAUCGCUUUUUGGGAAAACACAAACUGCAGGAUGGAAACAAGACUCCUGUUGCAUAGCGGUCUCCCCCAGUCCUGGUUUUAUUACGGGCUUGGUGAGCCCCAGCUUGUUAGUAAUGAGCGCAGGGGUGUGUGUGUGUGUGUGUGUGUGUGUGUGUGUGCGUGUGUGCGUUUCAUUGAACGCAUAGUAAAUCCAGGAGUGGAUCAAUCUGCUUUGCACUGGGAGUCGAAUCUCCAUCCCUGUGCUGCUGGAAACGAGAGGAUGGGGAAACGAAAGAGAAGAGGGAAUAUUCUUAGAAGGAAUUCUUAAUUCCUGUCCUGGACAUUUUUCUAUGCAACAGACGGCACUUCUCUCCUGCGAACACUGGAUUCAGCUAUGAAAAAAUCUAACAGAGACUGGAUGAACGCUGAGUCUGGAACACACUCACCAGUGUUUGCACUGUAAAUACACGAACAAUUCCCUUCCCUGACAUGCAAAGCUGUCUGUGUCGAUGCAGAACACCCUGUACUGGCUGCAGGCAGUAGUAGCUCGUUUUGAUGCAAGAAGUAGGUGUCUGGGGUCCAGUGCCUGUUUCAUUUCCAAUUCAUUUAGAAAAUCAACUCCCAGUUCUCAUUCUGUUAAUCCAUUCCAACGCCCCAUUGAUCAAGACUGCAGCGAACGUUUCAAGAAGUAUCGAUCGGCAGGUCUGCACUCAACCCACUCGCUAAAGUGCGGGUUUCAAAAAAUACCCGAGACGAGGUCCUUCCUUCACCUUUACAAUCCAGUAACAACGAAUGGCAGGUCACUUCAGCGUCGCUUUCCUGCUUUAAUAAGCACGGCUAACUGGCGUUUCAGAGAACGAGUAACGAGUUUCUGCAGCCCUAAUGUAGAACUGCUUCGAAUAAUUCAAAAACCGCCAGUAGCAAUACUUUCUAUAGAGGGGGAAAUGUUGGGUUUUUGACUAACAGGUUUACACUGAGGGCAUCUUUCACAUUUCAGGUCACAGAAUUACAUUCGCUUGCCUCACCAGUUUCGAGUUCAUUUAAAUUAUUUGUAUGUACUGUUUUUGUGUGUGGUGUGUGUGUUUCAAAGCACACCUUGUGUAAUAUUAUUAUUAAUAACAAUGAUGUUGGCUGAUGCUUUUAUUUGUUUUAAUAGUUGUCUAAACUGCAUGUACUGAUACACUGUUUUUUGGUAACAAAUCAUAAAGAAAACGUUUGAAAGCUAUUUGUCUCCUAGCAACAGAUCUUAUUCUUGUCAUGAUUCCGUUAGGUGAGCAAAAUUCAGCUCCGAGAACAAACUGAGUAUUUUGGGAAGCUGAGGGUUGUAUUAACAAUGCAAGUGCCCCCUCUGGCGGUCAUGAAAGGAAACGCAAGCAGCUCUUUGUCUUCAUUUAGAAGUCAUUUUAUUGGACACGCUCACAGUUUACAAAUACCAGCUCUUCCACCGCUCGCUGUUUUUUUUUUUUUUUUUUUUUUUUGUACUUCAAUCUUGGCUACAAGCAGCCUGACUAACAGUGGUUCUAUGAGGAAGAGCUUAUUGAAGUUCUGGGAAUGGAAUCUGACUGGAAUCUGCAUUCUCCCCCUCUAAUGCCCCAAUCCAUUCUCCCUCUCCUCCCCUCUCC